AUGGCAUCUCUUGAUGAUCCUGGGGAAGUAAGGGAGGGCUUUCUUUGCCCUCUGUGCCUAAAGGAUCUACAAUCUUUCUAUCAGCUUCAGUCACAUUAUGAGGAGGAACAUUCCAGUGAGGACAGAGAUGUCAAAGGGCAGAUAAAAAGUCUGGUCCAGAAGGCUAAGAAAGCAAAGAAUAAGUUGUUGAAACGAGAUGAUGAUCGGUCAGAGUCUGGGACACAAGGAUAUGAGUCUUUCAGCUAUGGAGGGGUAGAUCCGUACAUGUGGGAACCACAGGAACUUGGUGCUGUGAGAAGUCAUCUUUCUGACUUCAAAAAACACCGAGCUGCCAGGAUUGACCACUAUGUUGUAGAAGUCAAUAAAUUAAUAAUCAGGUUAGAAAAGCUUACAGCAUUUGACAGAACAAAUACUGAGUCUGCUAAAGUAAGAGCGAUAGAAAAGUCGGUUGUGCCAUGGGUCAAUGAUCAGGAUGUUCCUUUCUGCCCUGACUGUGGGAAUAAAUUCAGCAUCCGUAACCGUCGUCACCAUUGCCGCCUUUGUGGAUCAAUCAUGUGCAAGAAGUGUAUGGAGCUGAUCAGCCUUCCCUUGGCAAGCAAGCUCACCAGUGCCAGCAAAGAGGCCUCCUUGACCUCCCAUACCAGUCCCAACCAGUCACCUAAUAGCAUCCAUGGUUCUCGAAGGGGCAGCAUCAGUAGCGUGAGCAGUGUUAGCUCCGUAUUGGAUGAGAAGGACGAUGAGCGGAUCCGCUGCUGUGGACAUUGUAAAGAUGCCUUGCUUAAGAGAGAGCAGCAGAUUGAUGAGAAAGAACAUACUCCUGACAUUGUGAAGCUUUAUGAGAAACUGCGAAUUUGUAUGGAGAAAGUUGACCAGAAGGCCCCUGAGUACAUAAGAAUGGCGGCAUCACUAAAUGCUGGAGAGACAACCUACAGUCUGGAACAUGCUAAUGACCUCCGAGUAGAAGUGCAGAAAAUGUAUGAGUUAAUAGAUGCUUUAAGUAAGAAGAUUUUAACACUUGGUUUGAAUCAGGACCCUCAGCCACAUCCCAGAGCUUUGCAGCUCCAGAGAAUGAUAAGAUAUUCAGCUACGCUUUUUGUUCAGGAAAAGUUACUUGGUUUGAUGUCACUGCCAACCAAAGAACAGUAUGAAGACUUGAAAAAGAAAAGGAAAAAAGAAAUUGAAAGAAAACUUAUCAUGGAAAGACAGGCUGCCCUAGAGUUACAGCGUCGAUCAGAAGAGAGGCAGAAAGAAUUGGUUUCUCGAUGUGCAGUGAAUGGAGAAGAGACUUUGGUCCAGAAGGGAACUGUGAGGAAAGCUGAGGGCUGGCUUCCCAUGUCCAGCGGGUCAGGCCAGAGUGAGGAGGCAGACCCCCUCCUGCAGCAGAUCCACAAUAUCACCUCCUUCAUCAAGCAGGCCCAGGCCGCUAGUCGGGCAGAUGAAGUCCGCACGCUGCAGGAGAACCUGCGCCAGCUCCAGGACGAGUAUGACCAGCAGCAGACAGAGAAGGCCAUUGAGCUGUCCAGAAGACAGGCAGAAGAGGAAGACCUGCAGAGGGAGCAGCUGCAGGUUCUUCGGGAGAAAGAGUGGCAGAGGGAGCAGGCCCAGGCCACUUCUCAGCACACACGGACUCACUCCCUAGACUUCAAAGACAAGCUCUUCCAGUGGGAGUCUGGGAUGGACUCUCCGAGCCAGACGGCACAUAUUUUGGACCCAGGUUCCUCGUUGGCCCGACAUAAUGCUGUUCUUAAGAGUCCUUCUCCCAGCUCAGGCCAGGAGCCAAAUAAGGAGAAACCUGUGUUUUCCACAGUAGCUCAGGAGAUCCUACAACAGAAUGAGGCAGUUUCCCUGAACCCCUUUGAAGAGGAAGAGGUCUCUAGUCCUGGAGAUGAAGGCCUCACUAAUCCAUUUGCUGAAGAUGUUUCUCAUGGAGGUUGCUCACUUCCCUCAGCUGUUGCCAGUGUUAAAAAAGAAUACAAUCCCUUUGAAGAUGAGGAGGAUGAACCUGCCGGUGAUGCCAAUGGGCCUCUUCUGAACCCCUUUGAAGAGGAUGAACAGCUUCCUUAUCCAAAGCAUUCCAGCCCUCCCCUUCCUGGCAACCCUUUUGAGGAGCCAGCCUCCACCAAUCCCUUUGACAUGGAAGACAGCGAUCCUGAUGGGGAAGAGCUCAUAGAAGAAGAGCUGCUUCUCCAGCAGAUCGACAAUAUCAAGGCGUACAUUUUUGAUGCUAAGCAGUGUGGCCGCUUGGAUGAGGUGGAAGUACUGACUGAGAACUUGAAAGAGCUGAAGCGCACGCUAGUCAAACAGAAAGAGAAAGCUAACUGAUGGGAGUGAGCAUGGGGACCCCACCUGCAGUGGGGUGCCCACCGGCAGGAGCACGGUGGGAGGGGUGGAUGGUGGGGCUUCCAGCGGGGAUGAAUUAAGGUGUUCAGAGUUAGGAGAGGAAAUCUGCAAUUUGAUGCUAUGCACUUUUACUGAGGUAUUUCCACUAACUUAAUUAAAAGGGGCACAUGAACGGGGGAAUAAGUACUCAGUUACUGUUUUCCUGUUCUUGUCUUUUUCCUUUUAAGAAGGGAUUUUAAAUAGUCACCACAGAAUUAACUAAAUGCUAUGUAGGUCUGUGGGGGCUAGAGUAGAACUAGUUAAGGUUAUGGGACAGUUCUGUCAUUUCUCUUUUCAUCAUUAUGCAGUAUUACAGGGCAGCCUUAAAAAUGGACCUUCCACUAAAUCAAGAACAAACCUUGGUGUGCCUAGGCGCAGGCCUCUGAUCUCAGUGGGGAUCUUCUAUUGUGUGGCUUACCAGAACCCAGCUGUUUAAGAACAGGCCAGAUUCCUUAGCACUACAGCCUGUGUCCAACUUUGUACUUGUUUAACUCUGUAUAGAAACAUGAUACUAGAGACAGAAAUUAGACCGUUCAGCAGUUCUCUUUAGAAUAUUUGAUGGAAGUAUUUGGGGGGGGGGGGGUUAGGAAUGAAGAGUGAGCAAUGGAAUGUUGAAAUUCCUACUUAGGCCUUGCCCCUCCUCCCUAUUUCUGAACCCAGUACAGCUGGCUUAUCCCAUGUUAGCAAGUUGAUUUGGCCUCCAACAAUACUUGGCUGCUGGUGUUUAAAGGCAGGAGAGGUAAACUCUGGUUCACAAGCACCAUUUGGGGACCCCCCCCCACCUUUCUUUAUAGGUAGAGGCUGAUAAAAUGAUGAGGUCUAUUUUUGGGAAUCCUUGCCAUGGAACUUUGGAAAAACCACUCUUCAGACUUAGGCCUCUUCUAGCCUUCUUGGGAAAGGAAUAUUUUCUUGAAGUGGAGGAAAAGUUCAGAUGUCUUUUGGGAAAGAUUGGUCAGCUCCAUGCAUUCCUCCUUCAGCUUAGCGAGGCAGAUGAAAUGUCAAACUGCUUUUACUCUGACAGGAGUUGGAUAUUUUAAAGCACAAUAUAAGAUUGUUCCAACAUAGCUGCAUUAUUUGACUUUUGCCACAGGCCUCAUUUCAAGGCUAGAAAGUAGAAUAUUUAAUUUACUUCUUGGUGGUGGGCCCAGUUCUUGAGAACAGAACCUAAAGAACUCAACAGAACUUUGUCAAGAACCCGAGCGAUCACCACAUUCAGAUUUAAGCAGAACUUGUUGCUGAUCAUGCACCCCUUGUUGCCACUCUGCAGUCUGAACCAGUUUCCAAUCUUUUUGGUUCUUUGCUAAAGAUGACAAAAGUCACUUAUCUGUUUUAAGUGGUGCUCUUCACCGUUUCUAUCAUGGAAUCUCUCUGAGGAAUAAAAUAGCAUUUAUUGAAGCUGUUCAGACUGCUGUGCAGUUCAGCACAUUUUGGCCCUACUGGCCAAUGAAAAGGGUUGGACUUGGGAGGGAAAGGCACUUUUUGCAUUGUGAUUCUGAUUUAUUAAUGAAGAAAAGAUGUCUGGGUGCGUAUGUACGUGUGUAUGUAUGUAUGUAUGGGGGGGGUAGAUGGGAAGGGUGAACAACACAAAUAUAAUUAAGUGGUUUAGGGAACAAAGCGACAGCUGAGUAACUGUUACUGUGUUAAUUGGGUUUCAAUUGUAUAUUAAUUGCAUUGUGGGCAGAACCAAAGUCCAGGAAACAUUCUCAAAGGGCCUUUCUGAUUGUCAGUGUUUUGAGUGCUUAUGUUUAGGGUGUUGCAUUGCCAGGACUCUUCAAGUGAAGUGUAACCCCAUCCCACAAUAUCAUUUCCUUGUGACAAAGCUGGAGAGUUUCUUCACAGAAACUUCAAGAACUAAAUACCUCUUUCCUUUACAGUUACAGAUGCUGUUUUUCCUGAGAGGGCUGCUUUAGUUGGCUAAUUUAUAUUAAAAGUAAUUGACUAAAUUUACCCUUUAAAUUGGCCACUAGCAGCCGUCUCUAAACUUCUAAGAGCACCAGGAGACAUUUAUAGGGAAUGUUUUAGACUGUGAAUUUAUUGAACGUUAAUAAAUAAUAUAGUUGAGGAACUACAUUAUCCCAAAGCCGAGUUCUUCUGGAACCAUAUCCAUACGAUAGGAAUAGAGGGGUGUUCUGUGUGAUGGAUCGCUCUCCCUCUCCAUUGCUCCCCUUAAAAACCACCCCCAUGUCAGCACAAGGCCGAAGGGUGAGAAGGCCAGGGAUUGGAAGCUAGCUUGGAGCCCUUGCCCCGUGUGUGGAUGUUCCACCCCUUCGUAAGCCGUCUGAGCCAGGGCAUUUGAGUUGUGUGGAGCCAGAGGGGUUUGCUCAUUUGUUUUUAGCUUCUCUUCUUAAGACUGGAGAAUGUGUUCAACACGUUCUGGUUUCAUCCAUCUGACACAGUUGGGAUUUCUCUGCAUUAUGCCUUGUUGUCCUGUCUAAUACACUAAUCAACCAUACUUACUGUACAUGUAGCUCAGUAUAUUUUUGCUAAGACACUAACGUGUACCUUGUAGGUCUGCAUCAUUGUGGUCCGUGUGGUUAGGCUAGUUAUCUUGGCAUUAAGGUAAACUGAUCUCAAAAGCUGGAAGUUCAUUUGUUUGUUCUUGGGCCAUACUGGGAUACAGACUGAUAGCUGAAUAAGCCACCUCAUCCAAAAAAUAACCUAGAGAUUUGUACAUUUGCAUGCACUACGCUACAUCCUUGUACUGAAACUUUAAAAAAAAUAAAGUAACAAAUUUUA